CCGCCGCCGCGCCCGCGCCCGCGCCCGCGCGCGCCCAGCAGCACCUCGUGCCAGGCAGCAGUGCGUGGGGCGCGGGCAUCCGAGCGCAUACGGUGAUGAAAUGUGCUGCGCCGCUCUCGCCCGAUGACGCUCCGCUGCGGUUAGUCGCCGCCAACACCUGUUAUAAUAUGGGCUGGAUAGAAGAAGGCAUCGAACUAGCGGAGGAGGCGUUGGCGAUAGAGGAACGCGACGACGGGCCCAUGUUGCCGCGCUGCUGCCUCUAUGCUGGCAUCGGGCAUCAAAUGAGGGCACAGAAGACAAAUUCUCGUAUCGAGAAAGAGUCGGCCAACGAGACGAGCCUGCGGCUGCUGCUGCGCUCAGUGUCGCUGGACGACAACGACCACCUCGCCUUCUACUACCUCGCGCUGCAGUACAUGUACCUCGGCCUGCUUAACGAGGCCAUGGACGCGACGCGAUCGUGCCUAGCGGCCCGAGCCGAGUGCGGUGGCGGCCUGCGUCUCGCCACAGCGCUGUGGUCGUGUGCCUGCGCCGGGCCCCGCGCCCCCCGCGCGCUCGCCGCCGCUCGCCUCGCGCGCCACCACUACCCCGCCGCCGACUGGCCGCUGUGGGCGCUGGCGGCGCUGCAGCUCACGUGGGAGAGUGGCGAGGCGGCGCUGGCGACAGGCAAGGAGCUGCUGUCGCUGCUGAACAGCGCCGAGGCCGAGGCCGAGCUCGACGCCGACCACAACGGCUACACGGAACUGGAUGCACUGUCGGAUUCGCAGCACGCCGACACGCACAGCAAUAGGGACGCAGCGAGCAUUCGCGCGGAGAGCGCGGGCGUGUACCGCGUGGAGCGCGCGCUGUCGGACGCGGCGUCGUCGGCGCAGCGGCCUCGAGCGCACCACGCGCCGCGCGCCCGGGCCUGGCUGCUGCUCGCCGACCUCUGCCUCAGGUACAGCGAGUGUGCCGCCUGGCUGCUGCUCGCCGACCUCUGCCUCAGGUACAGCGAGUGUGCCGCCUGGCUGCUGCUCGCCGACCUCUGCCUCAGGUACAGCGAGUGUGCCGCCUGGCUGCUGCUCGCCGACCUCUGCCUCAGGUACAGCGAGUGUGCCGCCUGGCUGCUGCUCGCCGACCUCUGCCUCAGGUACAGCGAGUGUGCCGCCUGGCUGCUGCUCGCCGACCUCUGCCUCAGGUACAGCGAGUGUGCCGCCUGGCUGCUGCUCGCCGACCUCUGCCUCAGGUACAGCGAGUGUGCCGCCUGGCUGCUGCUCGCCGACCUCUGCCUCAGGUACAGCGAGUGUGCCGCCUGGCUGCUGCUCGCCGACCUCUGCCUCAGGUACAGCGAGUGUGCCGCCUGGCUGCUGCUCGCCGACCUCUGCCUCAGGUACAGCGAGUGUGCCGCCUGGCUGCUGCUCGCCGACCUCUGCCUCAGGUACAGCGAGUGUGCCGCCUGGCUGCUGCUCGCCGACCUCUGCCUCAGGUACAGCGAGUGUGCCGCCUGGCUGCUGCUCGCCGACCUCUGCCUCAGGUACAGCGAGUGUGCCGCCUGGCUGCUGCUCGCCGACCUCUGCCUCAGGUACAGCGAGUGUGCCGCCUGGCUGCUGCUCGCCGACCUCUGCCUCAGGUACAGCGAGUGUGCCGCCUGGCUGCUGCUCGCCGACCUCUGCCUCAGGUACAGCGAGUGUGCCGCCUGGCUGCUGCUCGCCGACCUCUGCCUCAGGUACAGCGAGUGUGCCGCCUGGCUGCUGCUCGCCGACCUCUGCCUCAGGUACAGCGAGUGUGCCGCCUGGCUGCUGCUCGCCGACCUCUGCCUCAGGUACAGCGAGUGUGCCGCCUGGCUGCUGCUCGCCGACCUCUGCCUCAGGUACAGCGAGUGUGCCGCCUGGCUGCUGCUCGCCGACCUCUGCCUCAGGUACAGCGAGUGUGCCGCCUGGCUGCUGCUCGCCGACCUCUGCCUCAGGUACAGCGAGUGUGCCGCCUGGCUGCUGCUCGCCGACCUCUGCCUCAGGUACAGCGAGUGUGCCGCCUGGCUGCUGCUCGCCGACCUCUGCCUCAGGUACAGCGAGUGUGCCGCCUGGCUGCUGCUCGCCGACCUCUGCCUCAGGUACAGCGAGUGUGCCGCCUGGCUGCUGCUCGCCGACCUCUGCCUCAGGUACAGCGAGUGUGCCGCCUGGCUGCUGCUCGCCGACCUCUGCCUCAGGUUAGGUCGAGUGAGCGCGGCGGCGGGCUGUGUCAGCGAAGCGGCGGCGCUCACACCCUUUAGUCAUUUAGUUUUAUACACCCGCGGGCGAGUGCACGCGGCGAGCGGCGAGUGGCAGGAGGCGCGGCAGUGCUUCCAGAACGCGCUCGCCAUACACCCCACGCACCUCGACAGCAUCGUCGAGCUAGGCGCGGCAUACUACAACCUGGGCUGGCUGCGACUAGCAGAAAAAUCGUUACGUGAAGCGGCGGCGUUAGAGCCCGGGUUAGGUCGAGUGAGCGCGGCGGCGGGCUGUGUCAGCGAAGCGGCGGCGCUCACACCCUUUAGUCAUUUAGUUUUAUACACCCGCGGGCGAGUGCACGCGGCGAGCGGCGAGUGGCAGGAGGCGCGGCAGUGCUUCCAGAACGCGCUCGCCAUACACCCCACGCACCUCGACAGCAUCGUCGAGCUAGGUGCGGCAUACUACAACCUGGGCUGGCUGCGACUAGCGGAGAAAUCGUUACGUGAAGCGGCGGCGUUAGAGCCCGGGCGCGCCGACACGUGGCGGCGGCUGGCGCUGGUGCUGGCGGCGCUGGGCGAGGCGGGCGCGGCCGCCGACGCUGCCGCCGCCGCGCUCCAGCUGCAUCCACACGCGCCCGCCGUGCCACACACGCACCUGCCCCUGUGAUGCGAGCCGAAUAUCUUUAACGCGCUCGGCCAACGCUCGCGCGGCUCGUGACGCGCCCGCGCCGGCUGCUCGUGCUCCUGGUGCAGCGUGUGUCGGUACGUGUGAACGUUUCUGUGUCGCCGUGUUUUGUUUUGUGACGCCGCCGUAUUCUCCGGCCGUCCGAUGCGAUCGUGACGCGUCGACCGGUGAAGAUCGCCGAUGCCGGAUCGUGGGAGACGACGCCGCCGACGACGUGUGGACCCGGCCGUGUUGAUAUAGAAUAUAGACAAUCGUGAUGUGAACCUCAUAUUGAUAGUGUGAAACCCGUAAAUACUUUUAUCGUAAAAACAAAAAUAUGUUCUUGCCAUCCGUAAAAUAAUCACAAUGUGCUAACUGGCGUUGUAUACCAU